AAAGAUGUGACUCAAUACUUCUCUACAAAUGGAAAGUUCCACUGUUAAACAAACUCCAAGGUUCUUUGGCUGAGUCUUUGAUUUUUGGCUUAUGGGGAUUCUAAGAAGGUUAAUAAACUGAAGUUUAAAUCUGUUGCACUGGAACUCAGUUUUCUUUUGGUGUUUUCAGCUUUAAAGAGGACCGUAAGUAUGAGACACCAAGAAGUUCCUGCUAGCGAAGCAAAUGCAUUAUAUACAGGGAUAGGACCUUCAUGUACAGGUAACAAUAUUACAGUCAGCUCUGUGCAUCACAUGAAGGACAAACCUUACCUCACCAAAAGAAGAGGAUGUCCCAGUGAUACUUGGACCGUGAACCAAGCUACUGGUACCAGUACUCAUGUGCAUAAACAAACAAUCAGCGAUCAGUUCCCCAGCUUGGGUAACAGUGAAUUAAAGUGCAGCGAUGAAUGCUACACAGAGACAUCAGUUAUUGCUCAGCCCAUAUUUAUUUUUGAAAAGAAAGAACGACCUUUCAAGAGGCCUGCAGAAGACCUGGUUUACAAGGCUGAGAAUGAUUUCAUUGGUUGUUCCAGGAAACGGGCAAGGUCUUCAUCUUUUACUUUCCAAACAUCUGACUCGCAGUUCUACAUGGAUACAGCACUCUCUCGGAAAAGAAUGAGAUCAUCUUCCUGUACUUCCAUCCUUCCUACUUUUCCUCCAUCACAGCCAGUAAAGAAUAACAUAUUCAUGACCUCAGCUCUUCUCCGGAGAAACCAUGACAUCACAAGAACAGAAAAAGGACCCUCAUCACCAAUUCAGCAGUGGACUGUCAUAAGACCUGCCAUUUUACAGCCACCACAGUCUCAGAUAUGUGAGGAAAGAAGGCAGAUGUGCACUGAAAAUACGCGGGCAUCUUCCAAAGCUAAAGAGAAAGCAAAUAUUCAGUUAUCUAAAGAAAGCUCUCGUUGCCCAGCAGAGAAUUCAGCAAGUUCUGAGACAACAGUGAGGCCAUCUAUCUCCUUGCACCUUACUAGCCCUAAAACAAUAGGAAAUCAGCCAGUUGAAGAUGUAACUUUUUUAAACAGAAAUUCUACUUUUGUGUUUGGAGAAAACAUGGUAGAGAGAGUUUUGAGUCCUCAAAAAUCUCCCAAGCUGCAUAAUGAAACUGAUCUAUGCAAGAGAGAAAUAACAUCCACAGAUGCCAAAACUUUUCAUAUUGGUUAUUCACAUACAAAAACGUUUUUUGCCAAGAAGUCAACACUAAUUGAAUCAGCUGCAGCUUACAUUUCCAAACCAGCACAGAAAUAUUUGUUAGAUAAAGUUGAAGUUAUAACAGGGGAAGAAGCAGAACAUAACGUGUUGCAGAUCAGUUGCAAGCUUUUUGUAUUUAAUAAACUCUCACUAUCCUGGACUGAAAGAGGAAGAGGAUCCCUGAGGCUUAAUGAUACUUCAAGCAAUAAACAUGGAACAUUACACUCAAGGCUAGUUAUGCGAAAUCAAGGCAGUUUGAGAUUGAUUCUCAACACCAAACUCUGGACUCAGAUGGCGAUAGAAAGAGUAAAUCGCAAGAGUUUGUGCAUCACUGCGACAGACCUAGAAGAUCAUUCUGUUAAAGUAUUUCUAAUACAGGCAAGUUCAAAAGAUACUGAGUACCUGUAUGUAGCAAUACAUCACCGUCUUGUUGCACUGCGAAGCUUUGCUGAGCAAGAAUUGGAUGCAAAUCAGGUUGACACAGAGCCAGAAACAGCCUUUCGUUCAUUAAACUGUGAUAGUGACGAUGAUGAUGAAGAAGAUGAAACAAUAACUCAAGUGAGCAGCAAUGAAUCAGACCAUUCUAGAUGGAUCGCAGACAGCAUGUUGGUUGCUCAUGACAACUACCUAUGAUUACAGCAAUACAGUUGGUAGCUCAUCUUGCUGAAAAUUGUAAACCAUGUCAGCAAUCCUUGGAGAAAGGAAAUCCUAUGCAUUCACAUUCUAUGAUUUUUCAAGCAAAGAUUAACUUGCAGGACAACAUAAGUUUAAUACAGCAAAAAUGGACUUCAGAAGCACUUUAAGGAUUCCAAUCUUCAUUCCUUGUACUGGAAUGGGAAUGACAGGAUGGCCUCCAGUAUUCAAGAAACAUUACAAAGCCUUCAGAUUUGAAAUUAAUCAUAUAUAGAGACAUUAAUAAUGUGAUGGAUUUUAUAUCUAAUCAAAGUUCAUUCAUCAUAUUGAUGGAUAGAAUUGUUUAACCAUCAAAUAGUGAUAUUUCUAAAAAGAUAUAUUUAUUGAUUGUUUAUGUAAUGUCUGUUGAUAAAAAGAUGCAUAUUAUGAAAACUUUAAAUAUAGUUUCAUUGGAAAGAGCCAUUGUAAUUGUUUGGUAACAUUCAAGGUUCUAUGCUGCAGUCCGUAUUCAUGCAGAACUCCUUGUGAAUGGGAAUUUCAUAUGAGUGAAGUCUACGGAAACCAACCUUUAAUUAAACAAGAUCUUUGUUUU